CUUGUCGGGCGGUGGCCGCAGGCGGGUUGGACUCGCUGGGGCUGGGCGCGGGCCGCGCGCGUCCUCUUCCAUCUUCUGGAAGGUGACCGGCGUCCGGCAGUCAACCAGCGGGAGCUUCUGGGCCGCCAAUGGAGAGCCAAGAGUCUUCGGGUCCUUCUGGGCUGUCCGUUGGGCACCACACGGCAGAAACAGCGGCUCGCUCCGAAGCCCUCCAGAAGCCCCUUGUCGUCAGGAUAUUCGACGCGAACGAGCCGCCAGAGGCGUCUGAGGAGGCGGGGUUUUCCGAGGAGGCCGACGAGCAAGACCAGCGAGGCGAGUCCCAGGAGCAUGCGGAGUCCGACGAGAUCCCCAGUCACCCCAAGCCCUAUGAGCUCUACCAACCCUAUGAUUCCCGCAAGCCCCUCAAACCUCAUGCACCCUGCGGGCCCCAUGCGCCCCGCGAGCCCCGAAAGCCCCAGGGGGCCCCUGUUCCCCGCGCGCCCCACAAGCCUCAAGAAAUCGAGUUGCUUCCUAGAGCCGGCGUGAUGGUCUCCCCAUCUCUGCUGAUGAGACUCCCGCCACAGCUGCCGCCAUCUUCCCUGAGCGAUCCUGGUCCUUGUGACUUUGUAAGGAAACGUUCUUUUUCUAGGAAGAGAAUUCAAGAUCUUUCUAGGCCUAAGAAACAAUGGGGAGCCCCAGAUAGAAAACUGUUUUGGGGGAAUCAAGAUCCUAUUCGCCCUGUUUCCCAGAGUGCUUUGAAAGCUCAAAUGACCCGAAGAUUAGAGAGCCUUGCCCAGCCUAAGGAAGUCUCCCACCGAUAUGUACCUAAUAGGGUUCAAUAUUGCUAUAGCUGCGGUAGAGAGUCUGUAAUCUGGGAGAUCCCCUCUCCUGCACUGUUUUGCCAACCUUCCAAAAGGAUCCAGAAGCUGGCACAGCCCAACAGAUACAAGAGAGGGUACCUAAUAGACAGACCCUUCAGUGAUUACUUAAUAAGAGAUUCUGUUCAAUUCUCUGAUCCUUCUCCUCGGAUAUUACGACUCUCAAUAGCCAAAGCCACAAAUCCAAACUAUGUUCCUCCAAAAAGCAUUGAAACCAAGAUUUUGUCGUCUACCCUGACUGCUAUUGCAGCUCCUAGAAUUGUAGACCUUGCCCAUCCACGGAUCAAGAUAGAGGGUCUGUGCUUUGAAAGAGAAAGAAGUGAAAAGCCCAUUCGUCCUAUCUCCCACGCUGCCUUGCUGGCCCACCCUAGCCCUCGAAUACUAGCUCUAGCUAAGGCCAAGCCUCUUCAUAAAGAUUAUUUACCUCCCCGCAAUGCCCUCUGGCCAGUAUCUUAUGCUGCUCUCCAUUCCAAGAUAUCUCCCAGAGUUCAAGAACUAGCUAACCCAAAUGCAAGGACUCCUAUGCAUAUUGUAUAUUAUGAUCCAGAAGUCUUUAAAGUCAAGCCAGCUGCUUUGAAAACACAGUGUUCUCCGAGGAUCCAGGAGUUGGCAGAACCUAUUAUACGUUAAAACCAGAAAGCCGCAGUUCCCUAGUCUGGUGCUGUUGGUUUGUAGCCCCCGCCCCUCAAUACACACAGGACCUCCAGGGAACACGCUGCGUGAUCUGCAAUCAUGUCUUUAGCAGGUCUGGGGACUCCAGCAUGCUUUAAAGAGAAAAUGAUAGCCCGCCUUACUAUCCUUACUUCUUUCCUCAUGCACGUCUUAUCGGUCUCAUUGCUCUGACUGAC